UGUCUGCCGCCACUCAGCUUCGGUCUUGGUGAGCUGGUCUGCGGGCAGCCUCCUUGCCAUUCCUGUUGCGGGGCCCACACCAGCACCUUCACAGACUCCAGUUCCCUGUGCAGCUGACAUCUCUGCCGCCCCCACCCGCACCUUGCGGUCCUCGCAGCUAACGGCGUCUCCUCCACGACUUUGAGCCCGGCGGCGGCCAUCUUCCCCGUGAACAUCACUGCAGGCCCAUCACAGUCUGGCACAUCUCUCCUGCCAUGUCUGCCACAGAGGAGCAUGACUGGAUCCCAGAUGGCCUGGCCAGGGCUGGUGGCGGGGCGGGCUGUGACCCCACUCCCCUUGGGGUCCUGGCACCGACUUGGGAGGGGACAGAUGGGGUCGAGGAGGCCCUUCUGCCCUCCCUGAGGGUGUCAGGAGCCCUUUGCAGGGGGCACGGUGGGCCACAGGCCACAAUGGAAGAGGUGUGGGAUAUAGAGCCAUUAGAAGAGGGGAUGGAGGGAGGUCUAGAGGAGAUGGAGGAGAAUGAGGAUGAGGAUGAGGCUGAUUUCGAGCUGGAGGGCGUGGAGGAGGAGCACCUGUUGGAAGAGGUGGAGGAGGAGGAGGAGACAGUAGAGGACGACGAGAGUGAGCAGGAAGUCGCAGCAAUGGUUGCAGGCCACGGGGACCCCUUGGAGCAGUUUGGGCCCGUGUUCUGGGGUCUGGUCCACUCCCUUCUACGCAGUUUGUCCUACGAUGACCAUGUCCUGGUCUGGCCCCCUGACCCCCGCCUGAUGGUCAGGUGCAGCUCCCAGCCUCCCUCAGGCCCUGGAGAGGGUCCCGCGCCUCCGCAGGAGCAAGAAGACCUGGGAAAGGGAGGCAAGGCCUCGCAGGUUCCGGUCCCAAAAGAAGCAAGUGAUUAUCAGUAUGAAGAGUCUGAUGAGGAGGUCCAAGAAGCUGAAGGUGAGGAGGAGAACAGCAAUGAAAAACCAGAAGAAGGACCUGAAAAAGACCUGGACCCAGCAGAGGACAGCCCUGGAGAACCCAGCUGUCAAGUAUAGAAAGACAUGAUGGAGGAAGAAACAAUGGACUUGCCCUCACGAAUUUGAGAUUUUCAGCUUCUCAGUAGCCAGUGGGAAUUUUAUCAACACUGGUUUUGUUCCAGAUUUCAUCAUGUGAAAUGUCUUAUCCACUGACAUCUGACUUUUUUUCUUAUGUUUGUCAGAUAUAUUUGACUGCGUUUGUUCAAGUUAAAAAUAAAACUUUGCUA